GAUGUUGAUAUUUAAAGGUACAGAGUGCCAACGCGGUCUGAUCAGUUCUCAGAGAGUCUGAAGAGUGAUGUCCACCAUGAAGCUGCUCACAUCGUUAGUGUCUCUCUGCGUCCUGGCUGCUGUAGCCUUCGCCGUACCUGCUCAGGAGAAACGCAUCCAUCACCACGCCGACCUGAGUGACCACGCCCAUGAUGACGCCCACGGCUUCCAGUACGACCACGAGGCGUUCCUUGGGAAGGAGGAGGCCAAAACCUUCGACCAAUUGACCCCCGAGGAGAGCAAGGAGAAGCUGGCGAAGAUCGUGGAUCGUAUCGACAUGGACAAAGACGGCUUCGUGAGUCACGGUGAGCUGCACUACUGGAUCAAACACCGGCAGAGGAGGUACAUCGAGGAAAACGUGAACAAACACUGGAACGACUACGACCAGAACCAGGACGGAAAGAUCGCCUGGGAGGAGUACAAGAACACCACCUACGGAUACUACAUCGAUGACGAGUUCCAUGACAUUGAAGACAAAGCCAGGUAUAAGUCCAUGCUGACCCGGGACGAGAGACGAUUCAAGAUGGCCGACAGAGACAGAGACGGCAUCGCCACACGAGAGGAGUUCACCGCCUUCCUCCACCCGGAGGAGUUUGACUACAUGAGAGAUGUGGUGGUGCAGGAAACGGUCGAUGACAUCGAUAAGGACGGAGACGGAAAAAUCAACAUACAUGAAUACAUCGGUGACAUGUUCUCACCUGAGAGCGGGGAGACCGAGCCUGAGUGGGUCCACACGGAGAGGAAACAGUUUUCUGACUUCAGAGACUCAAAUAAAGACGGUUACAUGGACGCUGACGAGGUGGCUCAGUGGAUCCUACCUGGAGAGGUGGACCACGCCGACAACGAGGCCAAACACCUUAUCCACGAGACGGACACUAACAAGGACCAGAAGAUAACGAAGAAGGAGAUUCUAGAGAACUGGAACAUGUUUGUGGGCAGCCAGGCCACCAACUACGGAGAAGAUUUAACCAAGAGACACGACGAGCUCUGAUCCACAUGGUCUGCUUUAUAUAAUGGGGAGGGAGGGGGGGGGGGUUAAGAAGCAACAAAA